AAAACGACCUAAGCAAUUGAAGAAAAGUCGGAAAAUUCAAUAGGUGAAGAAGUGUAUAAUUGCAAUAAUAACAAUAAAAAUAAAUAAUUCUUAGAUUGCAAAAAAAGUGCAAUUUCUUUAAAGAAAUUAAAUAUUUUAGUAACGGAAGCAAUUAGAAGCAACAACAAUAAUUUAAGUAAUAAAUACCCAUACUCACAUAAACAACUAUCAAAAUAUUAACACACAAUGCCAUCUUGUGGUGGUCCUGUGUAUCAACCCACAACGGUCUCCUAUGAGCCUCGUUCAGGUGGCGGUAAUGGUUCAGGGGGUGGCCUAGGAUUUUUAGGGCCAGCAUCUUCAAUUGGAGUUGAUUCACCUUUGCGCAUAUUUCGCAAACCUAAACCUCAGUUAGCACUGCUCUUGUUUGCUUUAAUAUCCUUGGCCGCCGGAAUUGCAAUGCUGGCUAGCGGUGCAGCCGACUGGAUUGAAGACCAACAACAGCAACAACAGGCUCCCAUUGAACAAACCACUGACGAUGAAGUAAGUGAAACUCAAACCGAAGCUAUGAGCCCCUGUGUCAACAUACCAUUGGGCAUACUGUUGGGUGGCGUAUUUAUGACUUGUCUGGGCAUAGUCGGAAUGGGACUCUAUUUAAAAGUUGCUGACUGGCGCCGCAACUGCGUGUGUCCCUGCCCGUGUCCAUUUUUCGACAAAAAACAGUCGUUGGCUCGUCAAUUGCAAUGUCAAAAUGUUGAUGGCGGUUGUGGCCAGGGCAUUAUGGCCUUGAAUCCUUCCACAGAUCCAUUAGUAUCGCACACACAGUAUGCUCCUGUUUCGGAGUUGCCCUCGUUGCGUGCCGAUGAUGAAGAACGCCGUAAUUUAAUGCCCGAUAAUAAGGAUUGUCUCAGCAGUGCUGAAGAAUCUGAUCGCAUGCUUGAACCAGAUCCAAGAAUUGUUUUACGUCCUGUCGGUCGUGUUGCAGAUGCUUAAAUGAUUAUUAAUAACCAUAAUAAUGAAUUCAAAUAGCAGCGAAUGAAAA